AUGACGACCCGUCUCAGGAAGAACAGGAAGAAGAGGGGGCAUGUGAGCGCCGGCCAUGGCCGGGUCGGUAAGCAUCGAAAGCACCCCGGAGGGAGAGGUAACGCUGGAGGUUUGCACCACCACCGAAUCCUCUUCGACAAGUACCACCCGGGGUAUUUCGGCAAGGUCGGCAUGCGCUACUUCCACAAGCUGCGGAACAAGUUCUUCUGCCCCACGGUGAACGUCGAGCGCCUCUGGUCUCUAGUUCCCGAGGACGUGAAGGCCAAGGCCAAGGCCGACGGAUCUGCCGCCCCGCUCAUUGACGUCACGCAGUUUGGAUACUUCAAGGUCCUCGGCAAGGGAGCACUCCCUCCGUCGCAGCCGAUUGUUGUCAAGGCCAAGCUGAUCUCGAAGAACGCCGAGAAGAAGAUUAAGGAGGCCGGGGGUGCCGUUGUCCUCACUGCCUGA